AUGCGCGAAGCAAAGCAGGCGAGCCCGGGGAAGUGCAUCCGGGGGAGAGGGAGCCUAGCUGGAGGAACUAGAGCGUGGAAGACUCUUCCAGCUGGGGAACGUAAAGCAAGGGGAACUAGAGCGGGCGGGAGUAGGAGCUCUGGCGAGACGUCAGAAUCAGGAGACGACAGCCCACGACAAGAAACCGAGCGGCCUGUCCUUAAAGUUCGCUUGCCGGGUCCUUCAGGCCGUUCCUUGGCGUUGUCAGCUUGCACUGCCACUCUGGCAAUUUCCGUUUGCGCAUUCUUCCCCGGUGUGAUACCUGCUGCCGUCACCCUCGGUGAUGUGAUUGUCGUCCAGGGCUUGGCCUCUAUUUUCGCCCUCCUUUUCGCCGGAUACACGCUGCUAGCAUUUGAAAAGGAUUCUCGCAUGUCGGGCCAGCUGCUCCAGCGAGACCCGGGGCUCCCCCCCGACUGGCACACGCUCCUUGACCCCAAAACAAACCGGGUUUAUUUCUGCAACUCGGUGACCAAAACCGUCCAGUGGGAUCCCCCGCCCUCGCUCCCGGUUACCUUCAAACCUCCCGGCGCCUCCCCCGGGUUAACCAGAACUUUAACCCUGUUUUGCAACGGCCUUCUUCAGCAGCUCGGGGGGAUUCUCCAGGCACUCGUAACAGUCGGGCUGUACUGGAGCACAGUCGUAACGCUCUUCUGGUGCACGAGCGCUGUCUACGGGGCGAAACAACUAGGUGUGGGGACGAGUUUCUUCCUGACGGCAGCUUUCCUCGCGCUCCCGCAACCGCUGCCGUUCGUCGUUCUUGCGCUUGGUUCUCGGCCUUCGUACCUCGGGGGAGUUCUGGCUGCCCGGUUCGAGUCAGCCCUCUGCGUUGCCCUCCUCAUCAACGUAUUUCCCGCGCUGGGCUCCUCCCUCGGGACAAUCCACCGGGCUGCCAAAGCCCGCCUGCCUAGUUGCCGACUAUUCUGGAACUGCGCGUGUUUCUCGCGACUCCUAGUCGCUCUUUGCCCCGCCCUCAGUUGGAGGCUCCACCCCUACGCCCUCAGACUGGACUAUGCCCGAGUGGCGCUUCUCCCGCUAUUCUAUAGAGUUCCCCUCCAGGCGCCAGUGCCCCGGUGGGAACUCUUGACGUCUUCCUGGAGAGCGUUCCUGUACGCGGCGCCGAUGAUCCUCCCCCUGGCGCGGCUGCUCGCGGCCGCGGCCGCGGCCAAUCCCCAGGGCUUAGCAUCGGGCACGUUCAACACCCUGGUGCUUUCUUCCAGGCCGGUGCAGAUUAGUGCGUGCGUCUCGGUUGUCGGAUUCCUGUUUGAAAGACAGAGGGCGGCGUACGAGGACGCUUUGGAGGAGAAGAAGAAGGAGCUAGAAGGGGCGGAGGUUGAGAACCUAGACAAGAAGCUGCUUGCAGACUUUGACAGGAUGCUGGUGGAAGUGAAAGACUAA